ACAAAGAGCGGCGCGCACAGAAAGCACGUGGUAUUUUGAGCAUUCACGUGCUUUUCUAUCAAAAGUUUUCGAUUAAUGAUUCCGAACCAAAUCACUUGAACUGUCCCGUGCGCGAGCGGUUCUGAGUGGACUGUAAGAAGUCGAUUUGUGUGUGUGUGGCCACAUGAACAGAACCGACACCACAACGGUUCCGCUGAUGUGACUGAUAUUGAGCUCGGAGUCGCGGUUGGUGUCGAUCGACGGGACUAUUUAACGGGCGGGUGAGUCGCGGAAGUAGCGCAUGCUGUAAUAGGGCUCGAGAGCCAUGUGCUACUUUGUUUACAAAAACAGCAGGGCGAUGGAGUGGCGUUACACGCGCAUCAGUUACAUCUGCAGUAAUAUUGUCAACAUUAAGAGCAGAUUUGAUCAUCCAGAUUGACACAAUGGACCCGAGAGUCGCGAUCCGAGAAGUGUAAGCGUUUCCUGCAGGAGUUCUACAGUGAGGAUGGCUCUGGGAAGAAGGUGUUCAAAUACGGCGCUCAGCUGGUGUCAGUGGCUCACCGCGAGCAGGUGGCGCUGGUGGUGGAUCUAGAUGACGUAGCGGAGGAAGACCCUGAGUUGGUGGAGAGUGUGUGUGAAAAUGCCAAACGUUACGUUGCGCUGUUCGCUGAUGCUGUUCAUGAGCUGCUGCCGGAAUACAGAGAACGAGAGGUGGUGGCGAAGGAUGCGCUAGAUGUUUAUAUCGAGCACCGGCUGAUGAUGGAGACCAGAGGUCACGACCCUGCAGACAUGCGUGAUUCCCGGAACCAGUAUCCAUCUGAACUCAUGCGAAGAUUUGAGGUGUAUUUCCGCCCGCCAACUACGCUGAAGCCGAAGGUGGUGCGUGACGUGAAAGCCGAAAGCAUCGGUCAGCUGGUAAACGUCAGGGGCGUCGUCACCAGAGCGACAGAGGUCAAACCCAUGAUGGCCGUCGCCACGUACACGUGCGAUCAGUGUGGCGCCGAGACUUACCAGCCGAUCGCCUCACCGAGCUUCACGCCCCUGAUCAUGUGCCCCAGUCAGGAGUGUGUCACCAACAAAUCUGGAGGCCGACUGUACCUGCAGACACGAGGGUCAAAGUUCAUCAAGUUCCAGGAACUGCGUAUUCAGGAGCAUAGUGAUCAGGUGCCGGUCGGGAACAUUCCUCGCAGUAUGACGAUUUAUGCGCGUGGAGAAAACACACGGGUGGCUCAGCCUGGAGAUCAUGUGGCCGUUUCUGGAAUAUUCCUGCCUCUUCUGCGUUCUGGAUUCAGACAAGCUGUGCAGGGUUUGCUGUCGGAGACGUAUCUGGAGUGUCACUCUAUCACACUGAUGAAUAAAACUGAAGAUGAUGAGCUGGGAACUGAAGAACUGACUGAUGAAGAGCUCCGACACAUCACAGAGGAGGAUUUCUAUGAGAAGUUGGCGGGUUCGAUCGCUCCAGAGAUUUACGGUCAUGAGGACGUGAAGAAAGCGCUGCUGCUGCUGCUGGUGGGCGGAGUCGAGCAGGCGCCACGUGGGAUGAAGAUCAGAGGAAACAUCAACAUCUGUCUGAUGGGCGAUCCAGGUGUUGCCAAGUCUCAGCUGCUGUCAUACAUCGACCGCCUCGCCCCGCGCAGUCAGUACACGACUGGUCGUGGCUCUUCAGGUGUUGGAUUGACAGCUGCAGUGAUGCGUGACCCUGUCACCGGGGAGAUGACCCUGGAGGGCGGGGCAUUAGUGUUGGCUGAUCUGGGCGUGUGCUGCAUCGAUGAGUUUGAUAAGAUGGCCGACGCCGAUCGCACGGCGAUUCACGAGGUCAUGGAGCAACAGACCAUUUCUAUCGCCAAGGCGGGCAUCAUGACAUCUUUAAACGCACGCUGUUCAAUCCUGGCAGCGGCGAACCCGGCGUACGGACGCUACAACCCUCGCAAAACCAUCGAACAGAACAUCCAGCUGCCCGCGGCGCUGCUGUCACGAUUCGACCUGCUGUGGCUCAUUCAGGACAAACCUGACACGGACAACGACCUACGACUUGCGCAACACAUCACAUACGUGCACCAGCACUGUAAACAACCGCCAACACACUUCAACCCCAUAGACAUGAAACUCAUGAGGCGUUACAUCAGUAAGUGUAAACAGAAGCAGCCGGUGAUUCCCGAGUCUCUGUCUGAUUACAUCACAGCUGCAUAUGUUGAGAUGAGGAAAGAGGCGCGAGUCAGUAAAGACACCACAUUCACUUCAGCGAGAACACUGCUGUCAAUCCUGCGCCUCUCCACUGCACUGGCUCGUCUGCGGAUGGUGUCUGUUGUGGAGAAGGAGGACGUUAAUGAAGCGAUGAGACUGAUGGAGAUGAGCAAAGACUCACUGCAGACUGACAAAACCAACAACGCCAGGGCUCAGCGUCCAGCGGAUGUGAUCUUCUCUCUGUUGCGUGAGCUGGCGGGUGAAGGGUCUGUGAAGUCCAUCCGUAUGUCGGAGGCGGAGCAGCGCUGUGUGUCUCGUGGUUUCACUCCUGUGCAGUUCCAGUCGGCUCUGGACGAAUACGAGGAGCUGAACGUGUGGCAGAUCAACCAGGCGCGCUCACGCAUCACGUUUGUGUAAAUACUGAUCAGAUUGUGAUGUCACUGAACAUCAUUGAACGUCACAAAGUCUCUUUCUGACCUGUUUAUCUUUUCUCUAAUGUUAUUCUCAUUGCAGAUUGUGCUCAUGUUUUGCUUUUUAAUCUUAAACUCUGUAAAUAGACUUUGUGUUUCACUUGUGUUUGUAGAGGUGAUUUUACAGUCACUUCUGCUAAAAAAAAAAAAAAACAUGCAGAAAUCCAUUUAAAAAUGUAAUAUUAAAGUGUUUCAGAUCAGCAGAGAAAACCAUACAGACUGGUUGAGGGUUUGAGUUCUUGUGGGAUUUUAUUUAAUAAAAUGCAUUUUUUCAGAA